CGAACUGCAUGUUUUCUUUUUCGAAAUAAAAUCAAUUCGAUUCAAUCAGGUCUGUUGACCUUACGACAUUAACUUGUGGCAUGUUGCACAAGUUGACAGUGAAAAUGUGCAGUGCAGCGUAGCGUUAAGCUGGACAAACACUGGACAAAAAAUGCUCACAAAGUGGAGCGCAACUUAAGGCAAAGGAACGUAACUCAUUUGACAACAUGCUGCGGCUGAGCAAAGUGGCCAAGUUUGAAUCGGAGCCCGCAUCCGCAUCCGCAUCGAAGCGAGUCAGCUGGCGAAGCAUUAUAGCACUGAAUACGGAUGAAUUUUGCCGCAACACAAGCAUACACGGACUCAAGUACAUCAACAGUCGCAAACUGCACAUUGCAGACAGAGGGUUCUUUGGCCUGGCUCUGUUCUCGGUGCUUUGCUUUGCCGCCUAUUUGAUGCAGGACGCCUUCGUCCGUUGGAACACAACACCGGUGAUUGUGGGCAUCAAUCCGGAGCCGACGUACAUAACAAACGAACCAUUCCCGGCGAUAAGCAUCUGCAAUCUGAAUCAGGCCCUCGCUAGCCAAGCUGCCCACAUCCUCAACGACACCUCGAAGUUUGCCAUGCUGCAGGUGUUGUGUCGUCGCAAGCUCAAUUCCCAAUUUAGUCGCGGCCUCAACAACUGGGAGCAGCUCAUUAGCAAUAUUUCACAGCCCUGCAGCGAUCUGGUGAUUAGCUGUCGCUUUGGUGCCGUUGACACGCGAUGCGAACGCACUUUUCAUCCCAUUGUCACAGACGAGGGACUCUGCUGUGUCUUCAACAUGCUGCAUCCACGAUUCAUGUACAAACACAAUGUGCCUUUAACGCUGCGCAACAUCAGCAUGGAGAAGAGCUACCAGGCGGUCAAUUGGCAUGCUGAGCUGGGCUACAGCCGCAGCUUAAAGAAGCCACAUAAUCACUACUAUCCACGCGCCUCGCUGGGCACUGGUGAAUCGCUGGGCCUGUCGCUCACACUGGACGUGCAGGCGGCCACAUAUUACUGCUCGUCAAGUAAUAGCAUUGGCCUCAAGAUUGCGCUGCACAGUCCAAAUGAGUCGCCCAAUGUGCGAGAGACCGGGAUGCUGCUCUCGCCGGGCUUGGAGACCAAAUUGCGCAUUGAGCCGACCAAGUUAAUGACCGAGGAAGCGUUGCGCAAGGUGCAUCGCAAGUAUCGACAUUGUUUAUUUCGCAGCGAGGGUAAUUUGAGUUAUUUUGCGCACUACACGCAACGCAAUUGCGAAAUGGAAUGCAUGUCGCGACUGUUGUUGCAACACUGCGGCUGCGUUGUCUUCUACAUGCCACGCAUCCAUGGCAACGACACCGUCUGCAGCAUACGGGAAUCGCACUGCGUGGAGAGCGUGCGUCUGCACACGAUUGGCCAGGCGGUUGAAUCGUGUCUGGACAAUUGUUUGCCCAGCUGCUUUGAUCUCACAUUCAAUGCGAUUCCAUAUUCAACGAAGAUCUCGUACAAUGACUUCAAGAUGGCCAAUCCCAGCAUGCAGAACUAUAGCGAACGGUAUGUGGAGAGCAGCAUUGCCUUGGUCAAUCUGUAUUACAAGGAGCACACGUUCCGUGCCAGCAAACAGACCGAGUUCAUUGGCAUCACCGAUUUUCUGUCCAACGUGGGCGGCUUGAUGGGCUUGUUUCUGGGUUUCAGUUUCCUCUCGAUUGCCGAAUGCGUGUACUUCGCCUUCAUUCGCCCAUGUCGCAUCUGCACCGAACUGCGUCAGCGUCGUCCCGUCUCCACGCUGGAAUUGGCCAAGGCAUCGCAAUGCACAGUCAAAAGGGUCAAGCGGCGAGUUAAUACUUUGUUGCCGCAAGUGGUGUGGCAACGACAGCGUCAACGUCAACGUCAGCGACAGCAGCUGACGAAGCAUUCGCCAUUUCACAUUUCGGCUGCCACCUGGUUUAAAACUGAACUGGGACUCCAAUUGCAUCCGGCUUAAAACGUCGUAUUUAUUAUUAGAUGUUAUAUGUUGUGUGUGUGUGUUUUUGAACUAUAUUAAAUCAAAGUAUUGUGUAACUACAUCAUUUUUGGGCAGCGCAAAGUUUUUGGGUCGCUCAUAGGCCAGCAUAAACUGCUUCGAUACUUUCUUCA